AUGAGCUCGGUCGUUACGUUCGACACUCAGCGCUCACAAGAUGCUUCGCUCGAUGUUAAAGGCAUGGCUACACAGCUUGGCCUUAAUCUUGCUAUUUCCAUUGGUGUUGUCAUGGGCUUUCAGCUGCUUCGUCCGAGAAACUCAUGGGCACUUAAAAUUAAAGUAACCUUGUUCUCUACCAAAAUAGUAAUUUACGCGCCAAAAUCAAAACUCGGGACAGACCAGAUGAGAACCCCACCGCAGGUCGGUAAUGGUUUAUUCGACUGGAUCAAGCCUGUACUGCACACCGACGACGAUGUUUUGCUAGAUAAGGUUGGGUUCGACGCUUACAUGUUUUUGAAGAUUCUUCGAAUAUUUCGACAUACGCUAUACGUUAUGACUUUUGUUGGAGUCUGUGGUUUGAUACCCCUCAACGUCAUCGCAACAUCGAGGACAGGUGUCUGGCCACCUGGAGUAAGCAUCGACUUCUUGUCUCUCAGUAGUAUCAAUAAUGUCAAUGGAAAAACAUCACCUCAUGCCAAUUAUACAUGGUAUUGGGCACACGUUGCUGUCACUUGGAUAUUUACACUGUCCAUCUUUUUCUUUUUCUAUCGUGGUUAUGGCGCUUAUGUCCGUCUUCGUCAGAAGUUUUUCACCAGUCAUGAAUACGUCAAUGCUGUUUAUUCGAAAUCCAUCCUUAUCAUGAACGUCCCCGAGGAAUGCCAAAGCGACAACACCUUACGUACGUGGGCACACCGCAUUGGUAUCCAGUCACAUAUUUCGGAAGCAAGUAUCGGUCAUAACAGUGAAAAAUUGAGCAAUUUGGUGACUGAACACGAAGAAGCAGUCAAAGAAUUAGAAAUCUCUUUAUCUUCCUACUUAGGAGAUGGAAAAGGCAAGAAAAAAUCUCGACCUGUUAUCAAUACGGGUGGAUUUCUUGGAUGUGGAGGUAGAAAGGUUGAUGCUAUUGAAUUUUACACAAAGAAAUCAAGCGAUCUUGAAAAGGAGAUCAAACAACUUCGUGCCAAGCUUGCUGACUCAAAAGCUGCUAACUAUGGUUGGCUCGCUUUCUCCAAGGUAUCCGUCGCCCACAGUGUUGCAAGACAUCUAGCAGAUGGAAAACAUUUCGAGACAACCUUCGCCAAGGAGUUAGAUAAACCCAAGGUAUUGUUGGCUCCUUCUCCAUCAGAUGUCAUUUGGGGCAACUUGGGUAUAAAUGUCACAGUAAGAAGGACCAAGCGUCUUGUUGGAACCGCCAUUUACUGGGCAUUGGUUUUCCUUUGGAUUAUUCCUAUCACCGCAUUAUCUGCUACAUCCAACAUCAAAAACUUGCUUCGACUUGUCGAUCCAGAUUCAAACUUUGCUACCAAUUUUCCUAUCUUGGUCGGUCUGAUUGAGCAGUGGUUUUCUCCAAUUGUGUUUUCACUCUUCUUUAUCCUCUUCCCUAUGAUGUUACGCUUCCUCUCUCAGCAGCAAGGUUACAUCAGUCAAUCUUCUCUUGAUCGUCAAGUUUUCAGCAAACUGUACGCCUUCUUCAUCAUCAAUAACUUGUGCAUUUUCAGUCUUUCCAAUAUGAUCCUGGCGAUUUACGGUCAGAUCAGAAAUAUCAUUGUGCAUCAAGGAACUGGAGCGGAUCUAGUGGAAAGUGUGUCCAGCAAUGUGAACCAGCUUGCCAUGAAUUUGGCUAGUGUAUCGAACUUCUGGAUCUCUACGGAAACCACUAAAGCUUUGGGUAUUACCAUGGAUUUAGCUCAGCUAGUGCCUUUGGUUACCAUUACCCUCCGUAAACUUAUCACUCGUCCUAGUCCACGACAACUUCAAGAAAUAGCUAAACCACCGGAAUUUGGAUACCCCCAGAACUACAACCUUCUUUUGUUCUUCUUCACUGUUGGUUUGGUAUUCUCAGUAAUGUCGCCCCUGAUCUUAAUCUUUACAUUGGCUUACUUCUUCAUUGCGACCAUGACUUUCCGUUACUUGCUAUUGUACGUAUACACUACGAAGAUAGAGACUGGUGGCCGUAUGUGGCGAUCUGUGUUCAACCGUGUGCUCAGCAGUACAAUCCUCUUCCAUAUUGUCAUGAUCGGCAUCCUCAAUUUGAAAGGCGGCCAUAUCCAUUCAUACGCUCUGAUCCCUCUACCUUUCUUGACAAUACUAUUCAAGUACCUAUGUUCCAGGCAGUUCGAUACCAAGGCUGAUAUGUAUAUUCCAAGGAGAGGAGAGGAGGAGGCUGUGAUAGCAAAGGCGCAUGCCAGCGGUCGACAGAGCCACCUCAAAUCCAGCUUUGCUGAACCUUCACGUUUCACCAAACUUUCGGUUCCGACCGUGCACGAAGAUGUAAAACAUCUAUUGCCCAACGUGUAUCAUGCCAAUAUGCAUGAUUCAGUCAAGAAAGAGACGGACCGGAAAACACAUCGCACCAAGACCAACCAUGUUGCGGUGUUGGAAGACAGUCAAGGCUUAAACUUACAAUUUAACACAGUUAACAGUGAUCAAAUUGCUUCUGAACCUUUGAUGAAUGCAUAUGGUGGCAUGGAUGACGAUAUUGGCUACAAUGAUACGGAUAACGACAGCAGACUCAAUCUGAUCAAGACUAACAGCCAAAGCGCUUCACACUAUUCUGAACUAUAUAACAGUCCAAGGUACCCACAGGAAGCCCACACCAGCCUGAUGAGCUCUUAUGACCCCAUGCAUCCAAAGCAUGGGGGUCACGAUGGUUACGGCACUGCCAUUAUGGAUCCAAGAAGCCCAUCUGUAGAAACGCAGUAUUACACACCAGAACCAGAAAAGGUUCGGCAAUGGCCCAACCACUUUGAACAAGGGAACGAUGUGUUCGAACUGGCCAACAUGGCACCACCUGUGCCUACUCACGAAAAAUAUGAAUGGGAAGACUCUGGCAAAGAACUAGUGGACGAAAAUCCGGAUGAUUCAACAUGGGAGGAGGCUACUCAGGCCGGUGUGAUAUAUGAUGAUCCAGACGAAUACAGCGAACUUGAAACUGAAGAAGCACAUCGACGUAAUUCGGAUCCAUAUAUCCCUGCUUCAGACAGACAUUCUGCCAAUGACAAGCGAAGAAGCAGCAUGCCCAACAUAAAAGUACAGUCAGCAAGUGGGCCGUAUGAUCGGAAGAUAACACAACCUAGAGUUAGUACAAUGCCUUUAUCGGAAAGUGCUCCGUUAGCCAAUACAUAUACACGGAGCCAAACGACACCUGCUUUCCUUGCCAACCCGCCACCGAUUCCUCCAUCCCAUCAAAGUCGACCAAUGGAUAAUCGAUGGAGUACUAUGACUGAAACAGGCACUGGGAGUCGCUACGAUAGGAGAGAAUAUGGCGGUGGCUACUUUUAA